CUCCCAUAAUCACCCAAAAAAAUAGGUUUUUACGUAUUUUUUUGAAAAUAUGUAAGUAAUACUAAUAAAUUAUUUUUAUAAAUUGUAUUGAUCAAUUCUACAAUAUUAAAUAAAACGUUAACUAAUAAUAUUUCAGGAAAUUUUAAAAAUCUAUAUAUAAUAAAAUGAAAGUAAUUAAUUUUCAGUGUUUUCAUGUUGCAGUUGAUCAACAUGUUGGCCUUUUGCUUCCCGUAGAUACUUUAAAAUUUCUUCAUAACACCUCGUUCGCACACAUGGCCGUAUAUAUUUAAAUUCUUGAGCCACUAACAGUCCGAAAUACUCAUUUCUUUUAUCCUCUUCUCCAUAAAUUAAGCAUUUAGAACAGUUUGUUUCUUCUUUCAGUAAAUUUUCUUUUACUUUAUCCUCGUUUGUUUUCGUUGUUGCGACGACGCUGGGUAAAUCAUCUGGACACUGGGUCUCACUAUCGCCAAAUAUAUUUGGAGAUCGGCUUCGGCUACGGCUUGGCAGACAUUUUUUUCUUUCUACAAUUUUAAAUUAAAUUUAUUAGAAUAAAUGCUUCGAACACACGCGAUCUAAGUACCUUUUGUGUUUAUUAUACCUUACCUACCUAGGUAUAAAAAGAGUACUUACGUAGAUUUUCUUUUAUUAACUGUUUUAUACGAAGAUCUUGAUCUCUCAAAUUAGCAUCCAUUUUACUUCCAGUGAUUAUCAACUAAAUUAAUAAUCCACAAAGUAUUAAAUAACGUUUUUAUGAAAUAUUUAGCACAAAAACAAUACCCUUUAAAUAUCGAUCGUCAGUAACUGUGGCUGACUUACCUAUAUUCUAGCAAGCAGGACUGCCAGAUGUGAAGGGGAAAUCCCCAAUAAAUUGUUGCAUGUGACUGAUGAUGUGAGCAUGUUCGUUUCAUAAUAAAAAUGUUGCCAGGUAACCAAAAAGUCGUAUGUUUUUGUGCGAAUUACGAUCAUAAUCUUUACGAUCGUACAUUAAAAAAUAGACAAAUAAUAGUAUGAGUACGAUUUAAAUCGUAUAUCUGUCAACCCUGCUAGCAAGACAGCGACAAAAUCACGUUGCAUAACAAUGUAGCCCAAGCUUAUAUCUUAUGAAAUAUACGGAAGAGAUACGGACUUAGAAAAAACAGAAAUGUUGUUCUUUGUGGAAGUCAUUGAUGAAAUUCUAUGUAUUUUAGCCCGCAAACUUUCUUCAAACAAAAACAGCGCCAUCUAGUAUCGAGUUCUGUAAUUAUCUCUUUGUUUAUGGAUUUGAAGUAAGACCGCCACGCAUGCAAUACAUUAUGACUGGGGAUUCCCCUAUUCGUCGACGCUGAAUAUGAGGCGACGACAAUCACUGUCAAACGUGUUCACUAUUACUCUGACUCUGGUAACGUGACUUCCUGGUAACGUGUUAGGUAGGAAAAGCAGUAAAAAAGUGCAUAUUAAGGGAGCAGAUUUGAAAUAAUAUUUAUACUUAACAAGAAAUAAUUAAAGGUUCAAUGGGGAGACCUAAAGAUUUACGCAUAUGGGAGCACUACCGUACUUUACCAAACAAGUCUGUUUCUUGCAAGCUUUGUAAUAAGGUCUACAAAUUCAGUAAUGCUGCCAAAAUGCUUCAACAUCUUAUCACUUGUCCAAAAUCUCCAGAAACAUUAAAAGACUCUAUGAAACUUAUAAAAGAUAGCUCGUCCAAAACCAAAAUGUCUGGACUGUCAGAGAUAGAGACAAAUGAUUCUUUUAUAAGCCCCUCGUCGUCUGCUAACACUACAAUAAAUGCUGAGUUUCAAGACACCGAUGAUCAUAUAAAAACAGAAUUAGCGAGAGCUAUAUUUGUAACAGGGACGCCAUUAUCGAUGGUGCAACAUCCUUUAUGGAUACAAUUUUUCGAAAAAUUGCAACCAAAAUUUAAAAUACCUUCACGUAAAGCUUUAGCGACAAAAUACUUAGAUAAAAUAUAUAGAGAAAUGCGUUUUGAGUUAAAUGAGGAACUAAAUGCUUGUAGUUACUUACACCUUCAGUGCGAUGGCUGGUCUAAUUUAAGAAAUGAAGGAAUAAUAAACUUUCUUAUAUCAAAACCUCAACCUGCAUACGUUAAAAGUUUGAAUACAGAAAGUAAUCCUCACACUAGUGAAUACCUUAGCCAAGAAGUUGAAAAAGUAAUGAAAGUGUAUGGAGCAAAUAAGUUUCUUGUACUUAUUGGCGAUAACGCUAGAAAUAUACAAAAGGCAUUCGAAUUAACAAAACUCAAAUAUCCACAUGUUGUUCCUCUCGGUUGCUGUGCACAUAUCCUUAACUUGUUGUGCCAAGAUAUUGUAAAGAUACAAGAAGUAACUGUGUUUAUUAUGCAAGCCAUAAAUAUAAUAAAAACUGUUAAAAGGAGUCAACGAUUAAGUUCCUUGUUGAUAAAAUCAAGGCAGGGUGAAGAUUCUACACAAACACUAAAAUUGCCUUGUGCUACAAGAUGGGGAAGUCAUGUUACUUCGUUAAAAAGUUUGAAAGCAAAUAAGAUAGCUUUGCAAAUAUUAACAGUUAGAGAAGAUGUGGUAAUUUCAAGAGAUAUUAAAGAUUUAAUUCUAAGUGAUGAUUUCUGGACGAAGACAGGGGAAUGUAUAAGUAUUUUGGAACCAGUCACUGAAAGCAUAUUUUACUUAGAGAGCGACCAGAAUCGUUUGCAUCGCACAUACAUUACAUUUAGAGAUGUACAAGCUAAGAUACGUUUUGCAUUAAAUGAGAUUUCGACAUUGAGCGAAGAAAGCAAACAGCAGAUUCUAACAUCAGUAUCUUCAAGAUGCAAUAUGGCAAUGAGGCCAAUACAUUUUGCAGCAUAUAUUCUAGACCCCAGGACUCUAGGAGUCGAACUUACUCAAGAGGAAGAACUUAAGGGUAUGGAGUUUAUCUACAAUUUAAGCCAACACUUAAGUUUGUCAAAUGUAAUGGCAGAUUUGGCGUGUUAUAAAGCUAAAGAAAACUUUUGGGCCAGAGGAUUUGUAUGGAGCUCAUUAGAUAGCAUUGAGCCCCUAAUAUGGUGGAAAGGUAUUUGUGGUUCCACUGAGUUAAGCAAAGUAGCGAUUCGUAUUCUAUCAGCUCCCUGUACUUCGGCAGCCACUGAGCGUUCCUUUAGUAUCCAAGGCUACAUACAUAAUAACAAAAGAAAUCGACUUACAACUGAAAGAACUGAAAAAAUUUCAUUCAUUUGUUAUAACUGGAAUCUUAAACAUAAAGCUGAAUGCGAGGACAUUCAGUUUAAUGAAGAAAAUACCUUAGAAGCUUUCAUUGAGCAAGUAAAUGAACAUAACAGUUUAGACGAAAUAGAGCCUAUCGAACCUAUACAAUUCAUCGCUUGUAAUAACUCUGAAUCUGACAGUGAUUGACUGUAGUUUUACAUUUUACUUUCAUCUCUUUCUUAAUAAACUCAAAAUCAAAUUAAAAGUUUUUUAUUCUGUAGGCUGCAUAAUAAUAUUGUCUAUGUCCAGUAUACUGGACGUCUUGCGGCUGAGAUGACGAUGAUGAAGUACAAAAUCAUAAACACCCAAAAAUUUGGGUGUUUAUGGGGUUUAAACCCAAUAAACCCAAAACACCCGGUUUUUACCCACCAGACUUUAAACCCACCCAGGUGGAUUGCCCAUCUCUAGUUAUAUCUA